AUGUCAUCAGACUCGCCACUGGAUGACAGAGCUCCGGGCGUCGUCAUCUUCACUUCGGGAACCACCGGCCGACCAAAGGGAGUCGUACAUCGACGUGGUUACACCCACGAGACUGCACUUGCGAUUGGUGAAGGUUACGACAUUGACCACAACGAUGUUCUCUUGCACGUCCUUCCGGUACAUCAUACAACAGGUUUCGGAACUUCUUUCUUCCCUUUCCUCUGCGCAGGCGCAUGCAUCGAGUUCAGAGGCGCAGCAAGCUUCGACGCAGCAUGGGUCUGGGACCGCUGGCUCCAAGGCGGACUGACUGUCUUCUCCGCCGUACCUACCAUUUUCAUGCGGCUCAAGUGGUACUUCGAGAGUGAAGUUCAGAACCUUCCAUUGGAACAUCAGGUGCGAUAUGUUAAAGCUGCUAAUCAGUUCCGUGCUUUCUUGUGUGGGUCAAGUGCACUCCAAGACGGUGUUCAAGAUUUCUGGACGAGCUUGAGAAAUGGUUCGCCCAUCUUGACUCGAUACGGCGCGACCGAGUUCCCAGGCUGUCUGAAGGUACCAGCCGAUAUGGAUCACAGAGCAUUGCCCAGAGGAUGUGUUGGCAUGACAGUGCCUGGAGUAGAGAUCAAGCUUUCAGACGGCGAUGAGGGCGAGCUGUUGGUCAAAUCUCCCUACAUGUUUGCAAAGUAA